AUGGAUUUGACAAGACCAUCAACUUCCGAACUUCAGGGCAAUGUUCGCUCUUUGCAGAUUUCCUCCGCAGACGAAAAUCAUUACUGCGAAACCGUUCUGCUCUUACCCGAAGGCCAAACUGAAGAUAAUGUUGACAACCGGCUUCUUGGUGAUGCAAGGGCGCUUGGCCUGACCGUCUGUAACGAUGGCUCCGGCUCUUAUUCUACGGAGGAUCCUAGAGAAGGGAAUGAUGGAAGUUCAAUUUCGAGUCAAUAUGCGCUGCCAUCCACGAUUACCCCGUCCCCGACCCGAACGCUAUCUUCCUCUACGCCUUGGUCUCUAAAGGAACGCAUAUCGAGCAGUCGACACUCUAUCGCCUCGUUGUCCACAUGCCCCACGACUUGCAGCAUCAGCGAAUCGGAGCCAAGGCAAUCAAUUGCUGACUUCCGUCCCACAAGACACUCUCUCAACCUCGAAGGCAUCGAUAGGGGAUUUAAAUUCGGCCUAAAGCAUGCAAUUUCCCGAAUUCCAAACCUUCGCAGACGGAAAGGGUCUGCACUUGGGAUUCUUCCUUCAACCACGCCAUCAGAGCUCAGCUCGAGCCCAUCCAAUGGUCUUCGUGACAUACGACAAGGAAGAAGCCUAGACAUCAACACCACCGAGUCUUUAGCCAGUAGGGACACUCUUGCACCAAUCGACGAAGGGUGUCUGCGGCGGAGUUUAGUCACUCCGGAAUUAAAAGCCAUGCGUGCCGCUCAUGAAGGUCAGAUGCAGAGAUAUUUGAUAUUUCGGAGGAAGAUGUUGGUACCCAUUUUGCGUGGUCAUCGUCGCACUCUCGAGGAGACUAAGAGCCGGCAUAUUAAGGCCGUGGAGGAUUUGGUCGCGCAGAAUUCCCAGAAGGCUGUUCGUCGAGAAGAGCGGGACCUGAUGGCGGAGCUUUCUUUGACUGAAGAAUUCAAGCGUGAAAAGCAGGCCUUGCAGAGCCGCAUACGUUAUAUGGAAGCUUAUUUCAUAACCCCACCGCCAGAAACGCAACUUGGAGACAACAGCGCAGAGUCCCGAUUACCGCAGCGGAGAUACAGCAAGGAGUAUAGAGACCUCCUCCGGCAAAAGCAGCACGAACUUGCCACAAUGGACUCUCUACACGAAUCAAAGAUCAAGGUUCUUCGAGAUACGCAGGCGAAGCAUUACGAAAAUGCUCUGAAGAAAUGGGAACAGGACGUUCGUCUUCUUGAAGAAGCUAAUGAGCGCGACCUUCGUGAUCUAGAAAAUCGUUGUCGCGAAGAAAAAGAUGUCGCUCUUGGCUGGCUCGAAGCCAAACGAGCUCGUCUACAGGCAAGAUGGAUGCUUGAAGAAAGUAUUCUUCGAAAGAAGCUCGAAAUCGAUACCCAAGAAUAUUACAGCCCUCUUCCGAAGUUAUCCUUUGGGGAUAUCGGAGAUGAUACCUCUAUUGAUAUAGCGCGCCCUAGCAAUGAUCAACAGACCGUUGGGCGGAUAGCAUGCAAAACCCCUGAAAAACGACAUUCGUGA